AUGGCCCACGCACCUCUCUAUGCAAAGCUCGACUUUGAGGCUCUGUCCUACACCUGGGUUGGCCGUAACCUGCUUAGUGCUCUCCGUGCCCUCCGCUACACGGACAGGCCGAGAUAUCUGUGGAUCGAUGCCCUCUGCAUCAACCAAGACGACGACAAGGAAAAGAGCCGCGAGGUGCAACGGAUGAGACACAUCUACGAGCAGGCUGCAAAUGUUGUCUUGUGGCUCGGUGAAGCGGCCGACGGGAGUGACGAUGCUAUGGACCUGGCCGCUUCACAGACCCUGGGGAAUGUCCUGCAGGGCACUGAUCAGCACUGGUCAGCUCUGACGAGCCUUGUGCGCCGAGCGUGGUGGAAACGUAUCUGGUGCCUCCAGGAGCUUGUCAGUUCGAGAUGGAGCCCAAUUGUCAUGUGCGGGACCAAGACUGUUUCCUGGCUGAAGAUGAGCGACACGCACGCCGCCAUUCGAGGCCAGUAUACUUCUGGGGUUAAACUCAGAAUCUUUUACCUCCUUUACAUAACGGUGGCCUGGGAGGCAACGGAUGCCCGAGACAAAAUCUUUGGUCUGGUAGGACUGUGCGAUCCCGAAGACCGAGCCGCCUUGGUCCCCGACUACUCUCUGAGCGCCAGGCAAGUGUACGAGAUGACUGCUCGGCAUCUGAUGAAGGAGAGCCUCAACUGCUUAUGUCUCAAUGCGGGCUCGACCCGCACCGAAAUCUUUGAUGGCCCGCUCCCUUCAUGGAUCCCAGACUGGUCAUCGGCCCAGUCACCUCCACUAUGGAAGCCAGGAUGCUACCAGGCUUCUUGUACGGCUUCCAACGUGAGACAGCGUCCUGCUAUGAUCGAAAGCGAAGAUGCGAACGCUGUUAGAAUUGCGGGAGGAUUCCUAGACUACAUUUCCGACAUUAGCAACGUUGUUUUCGCGGACGACGCCUGGAGUAAAGAGUUGCCUACCGGCCUUUACCACACCAUACGAAGCAUUGAAUCCUUCAUGCGCAACGCAAUGCGAGCAAAUCAUCCCGAGCAAAACCCAGAGAGAUACAUAGACCCGGAGCAGUCCGACAUGGUCUGGAGGACGUUGAUUUCUGACACAGAGGCCUGGGACGACGCGAAGGGCUCAUUCACCUCGAUCUCGGCGGGUUCCUGCCUGGAUGGUGCUCAUGCUGACGAGGCAACUCCAGGUAAUCCAGAGCAGCUGGAUGAGGUCGUGAUUCGACACAUCCCCCGCUAUAUAUCGCUUCUCAGCCACGCCCUCCACAAACGGCGGCUUUUCAUCACGAAAAGGGGAUUCUUUGGCUUGUCUUCACAACAUAUUGCCCCGGGCGACAUAGUUGCUAUCCUGGUUGGUGGCGACAUGCCCUUCGUGCUGCGUGAAUCUCAGAAGAGCCCAAAAUCCCCAGAGCCUCUUCGUAUCAUCUCGGAGGCAUACGUCUAUGGGGCAAUGAAUGGUAAAUUGUUCAGGGUGCUGCCAAAAAUGAUAUUUACUAUCGGCUAG